AUGUCAUCAACGUCCGCCACACCUAUCGAAGAUGCCAUCCGAUCAAAGGUACAUCUCGCCAGACCGCCUUAUCCAAGGUCCCUUGUCAACAGUCCGCCUCCCGUCUCUCCACACGGUGACUCGAUCACGGCUGCUCUCCAACCGUCAACCCUCGAAAUCCAAAAUGACUCUCACCUCCACUCCCACCACAAGGCUAUGGUCGGCAGCACGUCCAAGGAGACUCACUUCCGACUCACCAUCACCUCGGAGGCUUUCCGUUCGAAAAUGCAGUCCGCACGCCACCGUAUGAUCUACGCUCUCCUGAGAGAAGAAAUGGCCCAAGAGGGUGGCAUCCAUGCCCUUCAGCUCCGAACUUUAACCCCCGAAGAAGAGGAGAAGCAGAGGACCAAGGCUGCCGAGCAAGAGGAACAAAAGCAAAGGCACCACCAAGAGCCUCAACAUAUUACCCCUGCCGAAUAA